UAGUAGUAGUAGUACACUUCUGGAUUGAAUCUGUGGGUAUGAUGAGUUUAGAAUAGAGAUAGCAGAGUGUGAUGUCUGACUGAAUACACUAACUGGAAAUGGUCCAGAAACAUAUCAAUCCCUUUGUAAAAAAUAAAAUAAAAUUACAAUGCGGAGAAAAACACUCUUCAACUAGAGAUUAAAACAAAAAGGUUUUGUUACUACCCGGAUUAAAACCCUUAAAGCUCGUAGCAGGGGGUAAAUAGGUAAAUGGGUCAGGGGGCGUGUAGGUUGUACGAGAAAAGGGGGCACGGAUACGCCACUAGGAAUACUUAAUCUGUGUUUUGACCCCUGGAAAACGAUGGACACGCCACUUCCUUCUAAAUUUAGCCACAUUCUCGUCGGCUCUCAGUGCGCAACUGAAGUGCCGAGCUCAUGUAGUAGUUUAUGUGACCAGAAUAAGCCGCUCGUCCUUCGAGAUUGGCUGCAGCUCCGCCGCUCUCCAUUGCUGCUAUGCGGUUCGGCACGUUCUGAGGGCACGCGACAUUGAACGCCGUCGUCAUCCAGACAAGAGCACAUCAGCCAUGGCGCAGGGGAACCAUUUCCUAGCCAUCCCCAAACAGGAGGGCCUUUUCACGACCAUUAAGAGCGGGCGGGCCGAGGAGAGCCGCGAUGAUUUCAACGUCGAAGACGAGGAUGAUGAGGAAACCGAGGAGGACGUGCGCUUAAUACCCCGGAGCUCGCCCGUGCCGAGAAAGCGCGGCCCUUCGAUCGCCGACGAGACCGCGGAGUACAUGCGGAUUCGCCUGGCGCUGCCGCCGCGGAGAGUGUCUUUCGCGGACGCCACGGGAGGCGAUCUGGUCGACGUGCGCGAGUUCGCCGCGUUCGAUUCCGGCGACGACGAAGACGACGCUGACUGGGAGGAAGAGGAGGCGAGGUGUCGCCGAGCCUACCUCCAGCCCGUUUACCGCGUGUGGCCCGAGUUCCAGACCCGUGCGGAAAGUGAGCUGACUCUCGCGGUGCGCGCGCAUAAAGUGGAAGUGGAGAAGGUGACGGCGGUGCAAGACGAGCCGCUCGCCUUCGACACUCUGAUCCGCGUCCUCAACGUUUCUUAUCACAAAUGCGUCUACGUCCGAUCGACCAUGGACGGCUGGAUCACCCAGUCUGAAUCCACCGCCGAGUACGUGCACGGAUCUCACGACAACGACACGGACAAGUUUUCCGUCCGCCUCUCCUUCGCCGAGCCCUAUCUCUUUAACGGAGCGCGGAUCGACUUUGUCGUGCGUUAUGAAACGUCUGGUGGAGAGUUUUGGGCAAACAAUUCGGGCAGGAAUUAUUCAGUGACCCUUGUCGUGUCCUAUGAGGAAGACUCAGGCCCAGAGAACAAGGUCGAAUAUCAAGAAAUUAAAAGCAUAAUGAAGCCAUCAAAAUACAGCACAGAAGAUGAGACUGACUUCUCUCUUGACACAGAUGAAGGGAAUGAGUUAAAUAUUGAGAAACGGUCAGCUGUUGAAAUUUCCUCGUCUGUGUGUCCGCUUGUUGUUGAGCCGGAGAUUGACAUUGAGAUUUCUGAAGCUCAGCUUUCUCCUUCUAAAGCUAGCGGAGAAUCUAGAAUAGCAGAAUGUCAUCAUCUAAGUGCUGACAAAGUGGAUGAACAUCCUCUACAGGAUUUGCCUGAAAAUCCACUGCAAACAGACCAUCCAGACAAAGGCACUGAAUUACAAAUAUGCACUGAGGACAGCACAGUUUCUAUUCAGAACAAACCCCCAGAUAAUGACACUGUCAUGGAGUCUCUCAACUCCAACCAACCCCUUUGCCCAAAUCAAGAUAACUUCCAGUCAGACACUGUAUUCCCAGCUCCUUUUGACUUAGAACUAACUUUACCAGCCAUUUUUCCAAGCAAUCAUAAUAUGAAGGAAGAUAUCGCAGAAGAUUUAAAAGACUAUGGAGAGAAUCAAGAAAUACAGUUUGGAGAGAGGAGUGGGGAAGAACUUCCAGACCAGACCAGUGACGCAGUAGAAGCAGAAAACACAGAAUCAUCAUUACAAGAGCUGCAAGAAUCAGCACAGCAUUGUUCUUUAAAUGAGUUGAUUGUUGCCAGUGCAACUUCAGGUGAAGGAGAUUUUAGUCAUACCACAGGUCUUUACAUUUCUGAUGUUGACCCCUUAUCGGAGAGUCCUGAAAUGAUGAAACCUGAUGCUAUGGUCAGAAAGGAAGUAGUAACCGAAUAUCAACAGCCAGGUAAGAAGAAAGAACUGAAUGAGGUACCAGCUGUCCUUUUUGUGAAUGUAGACACUUCAUCUGGCUCUGAGAGUGCAGCCCGUGAAGAGGAGAGCCCAACCCGAACAUCUCUUUUAAGUCUAACAGCAUCAUCCCACAGUUUUCCCACCAUUGUAAAACAAGCGCCACCUAAGGUUGAGGAUGGUGAAUCUGCUAUGACACAGAAGGAACCUAUCUCUAAUGAAGAGUUUGAAUUGUACUACGAUGACCCUGCUUCAUUUCCGAAACAAGAAGGACUGGAAAUGCAGCCUGCAUUGCCCUGUAAGACCUUAGAGGCUCCUAAAUCAGAGGUCGAUGUGAUUUUAGGUACUCUGGUUCCAUCCUUUGCCUUCCUAAGUGCUGCUGUCUGCUUUAUUGUUGGGUUCCAUGAACCCAGCAUGUUCCUCAUCAUGGCACUCUUCCUAGUUUCCCUUUGUUUUUAGUUUUUUUUUUUUUUCUUUUCCUUUUCAAAAACCACCUUCCCAAGUGCCUUUUUCAGAAUGAAAAAAAUACUACAAAUACACCUAGAUUAUUAGUGUUCGUGGAGAUUACAUAUUAGUUAUAUAUAUAUUAGACAAACAUUAUUUAUUCAGAGUUAUUUUUUUUAUGUACUACUAAUGACUUAGUUAAAGGUAAUAUCACUGUGAUUAGUACUAAUUUCAGAUUGCUAGGUUAUCUCUGACUCGGUUCCCGUAUACUACUAAGUACUGUGAAAUGUAGUACACCAUGUGUCCAGAUAAGCAGGAUGUCUAUGGACAAAAGUAUUCCAUCAGCUUUGCAAGCAAGGUGCUUAUAUUGCACUGAAAUUAAAUAUUUAUUUGUGUAAAUAGUAAAUAACAAAAGCCCUCAGAAUAUUAUGAAGUUAUUCAUGUAUCUUAUCAGAAAUACACUUUAAAAAUGUCACUCAUUUAUUCUUAGCAUCAUCAAGCUAUUUCACCCGGAACCCACUCUAUAGGUGGAACCUUUAUAGGGUGCUAAUUAAAACUUUGAAGGUUCUUCCCGACGGAUAAACUAAAGAACCCGCAAGUGUACCUUAAAGAGCUUUUUUUCUCAUAAUGUAAUUGUUGGACGUAUUAACUCAUUUGUCUUUGACUAUUAAUUGGAUGGUAUUGUGUCCCACCACUAGGAAACCUUGUUUGUAGUCUUAUCAUGCCACUGAUCCUUACUUUUCCCUCUUGUGAUAUUUGAGACGUGUUGGACUAUACAGAGAACUGACCAAGUGUUAUAAUUGUUUUGCAGACACUUAAGAUUUGCAUGACAUAUUUUAUGAAUGUGACCUGAUAAUAGUUUGUUCUUGGUCUGUUUUACCCCGAUCAACAGAGACUCUUGCCAUGUAAGAAAGAUUUGUGAAUGUUAAAUUGAAUGGUGUUAAAGAAAGUAGUAUAAUGUAAAAGUUAGAUAUUAAGUGUUUAACGUUUCAGGUAAAAAACAAAAUCUGACCAGCAGUGGAUAACUGUGGUAAGCACAUUCAGGUACAAUUUAAUCAAUAUUUAUGCUUUCUUCGAUGUAACAUCGCAAUACAGAAAGUGUUGGUAUGGAUUCAGGUUCGGUGGUUACAUACCAGGAGCUUAAUGAAUUGAUGAUGACAGUGUUUGGCUAAUGCAGUAGCAGUAAAAUUAUAUCUCGAUGCACAAUGCCAUAAGAAAAAGGAAGGAUAAUAUGUUGUUGACUAAAUGGAAACGAUCACCUAUACGUGUACAUGACUGGAUGUUCAGUAACAUUUACAAUUUAGAAUUCGCUAGAUCAGUUAAUGCACUGCUUAUGUAACUGUGCUCUAAUCAUUACUAGAUAUCCUUUAACUGGCACCAUGCAACGGCUUUCAUAUAUGAGGACCUCCACUAAUCACAGGAACAUUUAUUAUUUAUGAUGGAAAACAUAAAUUGGGUGUAGUAUUUAAACUUAAUCUUCACUGCAAGUGCAACUUUCAUGUGGCCAAGUAGCAAAAAUUUGUGUAAACUUUGAUCACCAGAGGUUAUAUAUUACUUAACUAGGUCAUGUGAUUAAGCUUAUUGUCAUUAAAUAUAUCAAAUGCAUGCACUUGACUGCUUUGUUAAGUUGCAGAUUUGUUGUGACUUUAUGUAAGCUACAUCCAAUCCAACAGCACUCGCAAAUAAACACUGACAGAUGUCCA